CCUCUAAAAAAUCCGUUGCGGUCCGCAGUUUAACGCUUUUCCUUCCUCUCGAUUCUUCUUUUUACAGCCUCCGCCCUCCUCUUCCUCUCCGCCCCGCACGCCACCUUCUUCCACUUCCUCCCAAUCUCCCCCAGAAUCCAUGCUCUCCACUCGGAUUGCCGAUCGAAUCCGCUUUCUCAAGCUCGUUUCGGACAGUUUCUUCGUCGUCGGCUACGGGAAGUGGUGCUGAAGCGGCGGAUCUGUUCGCCGCGAAUUGGGUCGUAGUGCAGGGAAACCCCUCUGUCUUUCAACUCGACGGGUUUGGAGUUUCUAGGGGAUUUACACAGCGGGGGUUUAGAAAGCAAGGGAUUCCUGACAUGGAAUUCGGUCCUUCUGAUAGCAGUGGAACUGAUGAUGAUUUUCCACCACCCCUUCAAAACAGAGGUGUAAGACAACAUAUGACUGGUAAUGGGAGGACAACAGUUGGUGCAAUUCCAUAUGCUAGGGUGCAAAGUGAUAUGGAGAUCCAAAUACAUCGUCUUGAGCAGGAAGCAUACACUUCAGUUCUUCGAGCAUUUAAGGCUCAAUCUGAUGCCAUUACAUGGGAAAAAGAAAGUCUAAUAACUGAACUAAGAAAGGAGCUCAAAGUGUCAGAUGAAGAACAUCGAGAACUAUUAAAUAGGGUGAAUGCAGAUGAUAUUAUUCGAAGAAUAAGGGAAUGGAGACAAGAAGGUGGACAUCAGUCUGGGGUUUUUAGUAAUGUUCAAUCAGAUGUUCCUGCACCCAGUCCUACUAUUUCAGCCUCCAGAAAAAGGCAACGAACACAGCCUGUUCCAUCAUUGUCCUUGGAUGUACCAUCUACGGGAUUGCACUCACAGCCUGUUGCAGUUCCAAUGCAGCCAUCACCAUCAGCUGCUAAAAGGACAACUACAACAGGACCCAAAGGCAAGAAAUCUAAGACUGGUCAGGCAGUACCUGGUGCUUCUUCAAUGAAGUCUAUGCAGUAUUCUUCUUCAGGUCCUAGUGGAAGAGGCCAUAUGGCAAAUAAGAAUUCUUCUAGUGCACCUGGUCCAGUUGGGUUAGCUAAAGCAGCACUAUAUGACCCACUAAUUGGGCGUAAAGUCAUGACUAGAUGGCCUGAUGAUAAUAACUUCUACGAAGCUGUUAUUCAUGAUUACAACUCAGUGGAAGGUUUGCAUGCACUGGUUUAUGAUGUUGGCACGGAGCACGAGACAUGGGAAUGGGUUAAUCUGAAGGAGAUUCCCCCUGAAGAUUUAAGGUGGGAUUGUGACAAUCCAGGUAUCAGUCAUCGUCCUGGUCUAGGUGUUGCUCCAGGUGUCCCUGAACGUGGGGCUAAAAAACCAUCAGGCCGUAGCAGAGCAAUUCCAGGAGCAGGAAGAGGUAGAGGAAUCAUGAAAAAUCAGACAAAGAAACCUAUACAACCACCCCAGGAUGGCAUUGGCAAGAACACUGGUGAUAUUGAGAUCCUUGACACCAAGAUACUUAUUAAAGAAGUGGAGAAGGUUUUUAGCGCAAGCCAGCCUGAUCCUAAGGGUAUGAAGGAUGCCAAGAACUUGUUGAAAACUCAUGAACAAUCAUUGAUUGCUGCAAUUGCAAGGCUUGCUGAUGUAUCAGAUGGUGAAAGUGAAGAAGGCAAGCACCAGUAUUCACAUGGGCAAUCCAUGGAGCGGGAUCGGGGAUGGAGAAAUCACAUGAUUGCUAGAGCUGGAGAACAAGAGGGCUAUGAUGGCAAUCACUUGGGUGGGGACGACGACGACGAUGACACAUAACUUACGGCCCCAAAACGUUUGGUCACAAGUUUAUAUGCCCUGCCAUAGCUAAUGUUAAAUUGUUUCUCAGAGAAUGACCACACACCUAGCUUCUUAGAAGAUAAAAUGCCAAACAAAUCCUCACUUCCUACGUCGCAAUGCAUGGUUCUAUUAUCAUGUAAAUCUCUGGAAAAUGGGUUCGAAUUCUCAGUAAACCUAUGUACCAAAAUGCAUCUUUACAACCCUCAUAAACUCGAGCUCGAGGAAUGUGUUUGGCAAUGCAGAAGUAUAUCACCUGAUCUCCAUAAGUUAAUUCAUGAAAUCAGAGGCAUGUAACAUUAUUGUUUAUUGGUGGUGAAUCCAUCAAUGAGUGGUGAUCGAAUCACAUAUUUCAGGCUCCAA